GGGCGUGUUUUGAGAAGUUGGCGGGAGCGGUGGUUAUGGAGGCGCUGGAGGAGAAACAAAUGCAGAUUGCUGCAUGGUUGAAAAAAAUAUUUGGAGAGCAUCCCAUUCCUCAAUAUGAGGUGAAUCCACGGACCACAGAAAUUUUACAUCAUCUGUCAGAACGCAACAGGGUCCGGGACAGCGACAUCCACCUAGUAAUACAGGACUUGAAACAGAAGGCUAGUGAAUAUGAAUCAGAAGCCAAGCAUCUUCAAGACCUUCUCAUGGAAAGUGUAAAUUUUUCCCCUGCUAAUCUCUCUAGCACUGGUUCCAGGUAUCUAAAUGCCUUGGUUGACAGUGCAGUGAUCCUUGAAAUAAAGGACACCUCACUAGCAAGUUUUCUCCCUGCAGUGAAUGAUUUGACUUCUGAUCUUUUUCAUACCAAAUCCAAAAAUGAAGAAAUCAAGCUUGAAUUGACAAAACUUGAAAAAAAUCUAACUGCAACUUUGGUUUUAGAAAAAUGUCUUCAGGAGGAUCUCAAGAAGGCAGAGCUGCAUCUGUCUACAGAACAGGCUAAAGUUGACAGUCGCCUUCAGAACAUGGACUUCCUAAAAACAAAAUCAGAGGAGUUCAGAUUUGGAAUCAGAGCUUCAGAGGAACAGCUUUCAGCCAGAGGCAUGGAUGCUUCUCUGUCUCAUCAGUCACUGGUAGCACUUUCAGAGAAACUGACAGAACUAAAAAGACAGACUAUACCUUUGAAGAAAAAAUUAGAAUCCUAUUUAGAUUUAAUGCCGAAUCCAUCACUUGCUCAAGUGAAAAUUGAAGAAGCAAAGCGAGAAUUAGAUACUAUCGAAGCUGAACUCACAAAGAAAGUAGACAUGAUGGAACUGUGACCAGAGCCAAACAAAUGUCAUUUUCUCCAACUAAGUAAAUUGUCUGGUACUUAAAGAGUUCUUUCCUCUUAGCAUUCCUUACUAACUUAAUUUCUGUUCUUCAGAGAGAUAUUAGUGGCUUUUGAUUGUGUGUUGUAUUUUUGUGUCCAGAUACAUAUUUUUCAUAUCAAGAAAGUUGUUGGUUUUCUAUUUUGGUGCCGGGUACAUCUGCAUCGCUCGUUCUGUUAGGUGAACAUCAUGACACUGUUAUGCUCACCAGGCGGCCUAGUGAAGAGUGAAGGUUCUGCAGCCGCAGCAGCUGCUUUUCUCCCUUGCUUCCAUCUCCAAGCCUUGCUGUCAUUCUUUCUGACCAGCUCACCUGCCUACCUCCAAAGGCUAAUGCAUGCAGAAUGUAGUUUAUGAAAAAGACGAUCUUUAAAUCAGUUGGAGAAAGGUGGAUAAUUCAGAAAACCCACAGGCAACCCUUAGUAUGAGAAAUAAUAAACAGUUGUGGUCUGAGGCUUGUUUUAAAUUUUGACCUGAUAGCUACAGUAGCUAAUUUUGUCUAUCUGUUCUACAGUAGCUAAUUGCUAAAAGUAGUCUUGGAAAUUAAUGUUCAAAGGAAAAGGAGAGCAAAGCAUGUACAAAAAGAAUCAAAAAAGAAACUUGGGAAUGGCAUAAUGUUAUAAGUUAUUGUUAAAUGUGAGAAAAUGUUUUAGUUAAAAAAAAUGAAAAGGAUGUGUAUUUAAAAAACUUCCAGCUAUAUCCUCUACAUGAGAGGAGCAUCUUAAAAGUAAGGAUGAGCAGAUCCAAAAUCAUGGUAGAUAGGUAACAUUUUUCUCUUAGUAAUUAGUAAAACAGGCAUUAAAAAAUCAGCACAGAUACAGAAUAUUUAAACAACACAAUUAACAGACAUCAUCUAAUAGACAUAAAGAACCUUGUGCCUGCCACCAGCCCUGGACAGGUGUUCUUUUCAAGUGUGCACCAACAGCCAGACAGAAGACAAGCACAGGAUGAGAGCCUGCGACAAAGGAGUUUCUGUUACGGAGCUUGAACAGACAUAGUCUUAUUAUUGAUACUCUCGUCUCCAGACUCUAAAGCUAAUACUCUGGUUAUUUGUUUCAAUAAAAUUUGGGGGUAGAAAAUAAAGACUGGCCUAGUAAGCCAAAAACCUGGACCCAGGGAACAAAGAGAACAAUGUCCUCUUUUUUUAAGAUUUAUUUAUUUAUGCAUACAAGAACUGGGGUACAGGCCAGAGGGGUGUGUA